UUCGUGAGUGGCAGUUGCGUACAGUUUCGCGGAUCGCGGAGGUUUUUUUCUCAAGUUGUUCAACGCUAGGAAGGAAAAAUAGAAGAAUAUCUAAUUAUUAGGCCGAUAAACACAAUCAAUGGUGAUCGUGAUUCGGUGAGGAUGAGCACAAAAAUAACGUUCCUGUGCCAAUAUUAUUAUUAAUCCUGCACCCGACAAACAGCAGCUUUCGCGUUUCGUUCUUCACAAUAAAUGGCUGAGUGAGUGCACCAGCGCAAAGUGUCUUCUUGUCUCGGUUGGUGCGUAUCAGUGCUAGAGAGUGGAAAAAUCGGAAACGUAGUUGGCGUUUUCUUCCCCCGGGUGAAUAAAUUCCGAUGUAGUUUUCCAUGGUCAUCAUUUUUGUAGUUUUCUGGCACAGGUCCAAUGUGUGUAGUUCAUCGAAGAAGUGAAAAUUCUCUGUACACCUUCCCAGCUGAAAAUUGCAAGAAUAACACAUAACAGUGACCUCGGUACGAUUGUUCAAAAAGCAAAAAUAAAUCGUGCUCACGGAGAACCAAGAGCUGGCCAAAUAAGGAAGUUUGUGUCGUGUGUACAAGUGUGACGGCCGGUUGUUGAUUCCGUAACCGAGAGGAAAAGACCAAGAUUUCUUCCUCAGAUAUCAGUGGAAAAGCUGGACGCUGAACUGUUCCGGAGGAAGCACAGCAAGCAGGGAAACCGGGCAAACAGCACACCUGUAUAAGCUAGUAGCGCACAAACUCUCAUCCCCAAUCGAAACCGCACGUGGUAAAACAAGGGUGGCGUCAGAGACGCCCAGAGUAGUCAUAACAUCUCAUCCCGCAGAAUGAGGAAAGGGUCAAUGUGCUAACCUAACACACCGUCGGAAUUGAACCAAAACAAACACCAAACACCGAGAAGAGUAAAAAAAAGUUCGGUAUCACCAAAAAAACGCAGGGGAACACAUAACAUCAUACCAGCUUGACUUUAGAAAGCGCCGAGAAACGCGAACAAGAUUUUGACGAUUCGCUCCCGAGAGGAGCAAAGUUCGCACCGGGCACCGGCGGAAGUGGACGACCGGAACCGGGGAGAGCCCAGAAAGUGGGCGGCAGGUGGCGGCAUCGCCGGCAAGAUACGUCCGGAAGGCGGCGCCGUCGUCGUCGUUGGUGGUUGGUCGUCGUCAUCGUGUCACAACAACAACUGUUCGGAGCAGCAGCAGCCGCCGGCAGCCAAGGGAGCGUCGUUUUUGUCGAAAAAGAAACCGAGCACCGGCACCAGGUGCUGCUACGAUCCGGAGGGCUGCACCAAGUGUUGUUGUUGCUGUUGCUGUGGUGGAUGUUGCGACCAGGGCCAGAGGCAGGAGCAGCAGCAGAACCAUCACCAGAAAGCGACAAACCAGCAGCAGCAUCCGCCGCCGACCAGAUCCAGACGCUGGAGCAGUGGCAGUGGCACCGGAGCACAGAGAACUUUUGCUGCCGUCGCCGCCGCUGACUGUCCAGCGGGGUCUUCGGCGGGACCGCGGAGGUCCCAGAGCGGUGGCACCGGGGGCCGGGAUCUGAUGAGUAUGGAGACAACCCAUCUGGUGACGGAAUUCAUUACGCACACCGGAGCGAACGCGCAGGACGCCGUCAGCUGCCUGAAGUCGUGGGAGUGGGAUCUUAAGAAGGCGCUCAUCGACUAUAAUGAUACAUCAACUACCGAGUACUUCAACAAGAAGAACGACAAUGAGAUAUUAAUGAAAGCACAAAUCAGCGGUGGUACCAAAAGUAGCAUCAUCAGCAAGAACAGCAACAUCAGCAAUACGAUUCCCUUAUCGGCCAGAUCCUUCCCGUCACUGCUGCCCGGCUCGGGAACAAACACGAUGACGACAUCAUCCAUGCUGCAGCAGCAAGCUUCCCCGGCUUCAUCGAGCAUCACCAACAACAGCAGUUCAUCGUUCGGCCAUCAGCAGUCGCUACAACAACCUCCUCAUCACUCCACCAACAGCAACGGACUCGGAACCGGAAACAGUCUGUUGCAUCACCAUCAAUCUCAUUCGAGUGGGCUGGCGUUGCCGCCGCCAUCGAUUCACCACCAUCAUCAUCCGCCGAUUGGUCCACGGACCAGUACCACUAGCAGCAGCAAUUUUAGCACCGGCAGCAGCAGCGGCAUCGGAGCUGGAUCAUCUUCCAGUCAUUACACAACCACGACGACCGCCACCAGCGGCCUCAGCAGCAGCGCCGGCAGCCACAACGGAAUGCUCAAGCCGGUGCUCACCAAAACCGACUCGAUUGACAUUUUUGACUGUAAAAAGCUAGAACGGGGCAUUUCUCGGGCAACGGAAAAUGUGACGCUGGUUUCCCGGGCCCGGCAAGAGUUCGAGAUGGACUUCCACACCCACUGCCACGAGCAGAACGAGAAGAAUCUGAACUUCAUUGACACGCCGGACUACACCUUCACCCUGCCGGAUCUGACCAAGUAUUCGGACGAGUUUCGAAAAUUCCUCGAAAAAGAUCUAAUCGAAAGUUCGACCCUCAACUCGCUGGAAGCUACCAACCGGCUGAACUGGUGGUAUGAUUCCGGAGUGUGCCGGAAGCUGUGGCCGUUGGCCACCACAGGCGACGGCAACUGUCUGCUGCACGCCGCUUCGCUAGCGAUGUGGGGCUUCCACGACCGGAGGCUAACGUUGCGCCGAACGCUGCACGAUAUCCUCUCGAAGGAGGAGUUCCGGGACGCGUUGUAUCGACGGUGGCGAUUUCAGCAGACCCGACUUAAUCGGCAGGCCGGCUUUGUGUUCAACGAAACCGAAUGGGCCCGAGAGUGGGAGGAGAUCGUGGCGAAUGCAUCCCCGGAACCGAGACGGAAUCUCAAAUGUGCGUCUAGACGGAGGUCUCUGUUGAUGGAGAAGAGUUUGGAUGGAGCUGGGACCGAUGACGAGAGUGCGACCUAUGAGAGUUUGGAGGAGAUUCACGUGCUGGCGUUGGCGCAUAUCUUGAGGAGGACGAUCAUUGUGGUGUCGGAUGUAUUCUUGAGGGACAUGAAUGGGGAAGCGUUUUCGCCGAUUCCUUUCGGGGGAGUUUAUAUGCCAUUUGAGGUGCCAUCGCAGGAGUGUCAUCGGGCGCCGUUGUUGUUGGCGUAUGAUAUGGCGCAUUUUUCGGCCUUGGUCGCGAUGGAGGUACCCGGAGACUAUCCGCCCGCUUUGAUUCCGCUGGUGGAUGCUAGCAAUCAACUGCUACCGAUUCAGUUCUGUAUCGAUCCGGGGAAGGAUUUCGACUGGCGGGAGUAUGAUGGAAGUGAUGGGAAUUGGAUUCUGACGGACAGGGAGCAUGUGGCGCUGUUGAAGGAGUAUCUGGAUAUUGUGUACGCACCGACGGCGGAUAGCCCGGACGAUGACAUUUACGACGACUACUCGGAUGAAGAGUACGAGAAGAAAAUUGCCGACGGGGAGAUUGUGUUUUCGGAUGAGAAUCACAAUAGCGGUAUGAGUUCUACAGGGAAUUUGACGGCGAUGACGGCAUCGAGUCAAUCGCUUUCGGGACCGACGAGUUCCAGCAGUAAUGGGAAGAGUAAGGCGGCCAAGCAGUUGCAGAGUGUGGCGAAGCAGUUUGGAAGCAUUGGAAAGAGUGUGAGUAAGAAGCUGAAGAAGAAUAUUGGGUCGAUAACGCGUAUUGGGAGCAAAAGUGGGCAGCAUAAAAAGUCAAGUAUUUCUUCCGGGAAGUCAUCGCGAGGUGAUUAUCCAAAGUUUAGGAUACUGUGUGCCACGCUGAGAGCUCGAAGGCACGAGUACCAGGAAGAGAUGAUAAAGAAUUAUUUGGAGUGUGCUCAAGAGCGGUUUUUGGAAGUUGAGCGUUUGAAGGAGCGACGAGAGCUUGAGAAAAUCAGCAAAUAUGUCGACUCUGGAGCGGAUGUUUGUGAUUACGGUGGAACCGAUAAUGGGACAGAUCUUGUAAAUUGUAUAAACGCCGGAUGUCUGAAUUAUGGGACUGUGUCCACAAGUUACAUGUGUUUGGAAUGUUAUGACACUCAGCGGAAGCGAGAAUCUCAAUCGUGCAAUGCGAACGAUUACAUGCCUCGUUAUGGGACCGGUAAGUCCAAGUUCUAUACUCAAGCCGACAUGGAAAGUCAUAAUCGAAUUCAACGACUUCCUUCUGUGCGACGACUCCAUGAACUGGACCAGACUCUCUACCUAUCUCGGUCAACAUUUUACAAUGACAAAAGAGCGGAACCUCUAACUUCAAACGCGGUACAACCCUCGUCCGCGUAUCGGCAUGGCUUCAGUCCGACAGAUCGUAGUUCUCUGCCGCCACGAGCAUCCAACAACCACUCUCCGGAAUAUUCAAACUGUGCCAAACCCAUUCCUUCGGCUUCGGCCGUAUCCGGUGGAAUCGUUGCCACAGUUUACUCCCCUGGCAAUACCAUCCUCAAUCGGACGCCUUCGAUCGGCGGAGGAAUGUGCGUCGCGUUGCCACCACCCGGAACGUCGUCAGCCUCCAGUUUCGCCAAUCCACAACAACAACAACAACAGCAGCUUCCCAGUGCAUCUUCCUCCUCCGGCAUGUCUUCGUCAUCGUCUUCCGGUUCCAACAACUCCGAAACACUUCUAAGCAGACAGCAGCAUCCGUCGCAGUCUUCGCCUCCGGGUUCGAACGGAUCAACCGGACCGAUUGGAAGCAGUCACUACGGGCGCAAUCAGAUGUGCCGCACCGAGGGCUGUAAAUUUUACGGCAGCAUCAAUACCAACUUCUAUUGCUCCAAGUGCUCGGAAUACAACAUCUAAAAUAUUAAAACACGGCUAGAAGCAACUGUUUCUGUUCUCUACGAUCUACUUACAUAUAAGUACCCAUAUAUUUCUUACCUACACGGAUUACUAAUCUACUUUGUACAUAGGCCGCACUCUGUAAAGACGUUUCAUUUAUCACAAGCAAGCUUCUACAUCACGCCCAAAACUGUUAAGAGAAGGAAGAAAGUUUAAAAUUUAUAACACAUUCACACGAGGUAUCGAAAGGUUAAACGAAUGUUUGUGAUAUUUGCGUUCGAUUAGGUUGUUGUUACUGCAGACCGAUUGUUGAAGUUUUAUUUUCCGCAGUUUGUUGAAACAGAACUUACGGAUUCGAUACCAAUUCGCAAUUGUUAUUAAUCAAACUGGUUAAUUUGCUAAGUUCCUGCUGACUAGAUUAAGUUGAAAAAGUGAAGAAAAAACAGCAACAGAGCUUUCCCUUCCGUAGAUUGAAAACUAUUUAACGUAAAAUGACAUUGAGAAGAACGACGAAGUGAACUAAAGAUAGUAGACAAGUGUUGUUAGGAAUGAAGAUUUGUUUUUGAUUUGUAAGAUUUCAGAAUCUAAUAUUUUCUUCCUAUUAUUCAAUUAUUAAGUUGUCGAACUCCGUUGAGUUCAAUUGCUCAUUUGCUUCAAUUUUCUGUUACUCUGAGUUUUCAAAAUAUUACAUGCAGAUUAAGGAUUUUAAAUUGAAUUAAAAAUUAAAAAUUGAGAAUUCAGAUUCUUAAUUCCUUCUGAUCAUUUUGGAUUUCAAUUUCAGUUUUCUUAUUUGAGAAUUUCGAAUUCAAAACUAAGUAUUGAGAAUUCAGAUUUAAGUUCAGAAAUCAGAAUCUUGAAAAAAAAGUUUAAAAUUGAGAUUCUAAACUUAUAAUUUAGAGUUUGGAGUCGAAAAAAAAAUUAAAAGUAAAAACUCAGGAUUGAGAUUUAAGUAUUAUCAAUUAGAAUUGAAAAAUCAGAACUGAGAUUUUAAAAUUGAAAAAUCAUUAUUAAGAACUCAGAUUCGAGAAUUAAGAAUUGAGAACUCUGAAUAGGGAACAUUGAACUUAGUUUGCAGAAAAGACACUAAAGAAAUCAGGAUUCUGAUUUGAGGAUUCAGAAUUCAAAAUUGAGACUUUCGGAUUCAGAAACGAGAUAUUUCGCAGAGAAUUUAUAAUUGAGAACUUCAAAUUGAGAACUCUGAAUUGAGAAUUGGAACUCAUGGUUGGAAAUUUUGAACUCAGAGUUGAGAACUCAAAAUUUAGGGUUUUUGAAUUGAGUUCAGAAGCAGCAAUUGAAAACUUAAAUUUGAGUACCGAAAUAUUUCGGUUCAAGAUUGAGAAAAAUUGAGAGAUUGAUUAUUCAAUAUUGAUAACUCAAAAAUUCAGAAUUAAGAACUCAGAUUUAAGAAUUCUGAACUACGAACGCAGAUUUGAGAAUUCAAAACUGAGAACUUGUGAAUUGUGGAUAUGAAAUGUGAUUAAAAUUUUUAGAAUAAUUGAGGAUCAAUCCAGAUUUGCUAAAUCAGAACUGGAACUGAAACGAAUUUCAUUUGAAAAAUCAAAUAUGAGAAUUGAGAACUUAGAUUUUAGUGCAAAUCACAGAAUCAAAAUCCGUAAUUAACUAAAUUAAAAAUUUCAACUCAAAAUUGAUAUUUCAAACUCAGAGUUGAGAAUAAAAUUUUCAGAACUAAGAACCGAGAAUAUGGAGUUGUAAACUAAGAUUUGAGAAUAAAGAAAUCAGAAUAGAGAGUCCAGAGUUGUGAAUUCAGAAAAUUAACAAUUUUUCAUGAUUUGUUUCAAAAUUCAUAUUCAGUUUUAUGAUUCGAAUGGAUCAGAAUGUGAUCAACCAGAUUUUUUUAAUGUUCGGAGAAUUUUUUUUUUUUGAAAAACUCUUUAAAGUUUCUUAUCUGUUCCAAGAAAAAACUCGCCACGGGCAGUGAUAUUUCAGCCUCUAAAAAUGCAGUAGAAAUGAAUAAAAAAAAGCAUACCGUAACGAAAGAACUUACUAUAACUGGUUUCAAGCGCUGUAAAAUCUAUCGGCAACGCAACAGGACCUGUUCAAAUGUAGUAUGUACUCACCAGUUGCUCGAUUCUAUCCGUUGUUGUUAGUUGAAACUACGUAGCAAGAGAGAAAAAAAAAGAGGAGAGUGAAGCAAUGAAUGUGAAAUAGAGUUGGAGUCUUUCAAACUUAUCCCUUGAAAAAAUAAUGACAAAUUUAACAAAUCCAAAAGUCAGAAUUUGUACAGUUACAUAUCGCAAAGUUGAAGGAAAAAAAAGAAAAAUAAAAAUAAAUCAAACUAAAGGAAAACGCUUGAAGUUGGAGGCUGUGGAAAGUUUAAAAAAAAAAAAGAUUGGUGUACCAAAAACAGAGAAAACAAAAACUGUAAACAUUAAACGAAAUUUGCUUCAAAAGCUAUACUUAAAAAUUUAUAGAUCUACUACAAGAGAGAAAAAAAAACAAACAAACCUUAAGGCUGCUAACAUACAAAAAGAUUAAACUGAAAAUGAGAGGAAUCUGUAAAUGUUUAACGAGAUCGAUUCGGGAGAGCGACAGAAAGCGAAAAAGCGGGGUACACAAUGCCAAAAACAGGUUAAAAAGUAACGAACGAAUGUGUUUGUGUCAAAGAUGAAAUUCGAAAUAUCGAGUUGUGAAUUGAAAUUGUAUGUGUGUGCAUUUCGUGGAUGUGCGUGAUUUUAGCUGUAAGCGUUUUUGUUUGCCUUUUAAAACAUUCAUCAUAUUAAUCACUAAUAUUAUUGAACGAAAUUCAUCAGCAUAGAUUAUGAACCAAAUAAACCAACUAAGCUUUGUUUAAUUUGUAGCGUUGUACUUAACUUUAGAUUCCUAGUCGCAUUUUGUUUCGUUAGUUUUUUUUUUUUCAAUAAACGUAAACCAAGUAGUCUCCCGAAGUUUUGCGAACAAACCUUAAACUACAGAACGAAACGCUUGAUGUGGAAUACAUUCUGUUGAAUCAGUCAUCUGUUAUAACUGUUACUACUGAAGUUGGAAAACAAAACAUUAUUCUCGUUAACAGAACUCAAACAAAGCAGAUGAACUAUGAAAUAGAGUAACGCCCUCACAUUAAAUCAAUAUUUCCUCAUGUUCUAAAUUUAUUUACGUUUUCAUUUGUCUAAACUUGACUUAUUUUCUUCACAAUUGUGGACAAAGCUAGAAUCAAACUAACUAAUAGAGCUGAAAUAAGACAGACAGAGAGAUAUUUAGUGGAAAGAGGAGUAGAUAAACAAAAAACACACUGUUACAGUCUACUGAAUCUUAAGUGAUAUGCGGAGCUAUUACAUGGAAACAAAAAGGGAAAACAAUACAGAGAAACACAGAGUAAACAGAAGAAAAAAAAUACGUUUAAAUGAAAUGAAAAUAAGACGAAAAAAAAAGGAAAAACGUAACUUAUACAUUACUAAGAAACUAAGAGAAAAAAAAAACAAAGAAUAGAAUAUAUAUUUAUUGUAUUUCGAAAUCGGCGCGUAUGAUGAUGCGAGUCAGAAUGGAAGAAAACUGUUGUUGACCAAAGGAGAUACGGAAAGUGUGUGCAGUUCAUUUUAAGAGACGAAGGAAGAGAAGAAAUAAAAAACCAACUAAAACAAAAAAUCUGCUGAAAGUGAUGGAAGCUAGUGAGUGUGAAACUGAAUUAAAUGAUUGACUCAAUUACACACGAACAUACAGGUGGACACAACCUUAUUGUAGAAAUGUGUUGAGCUACCAAAAAAAAAAACAGAAGAAAAAUAAUACAAACAAAACAUACAAUUUAUGUAUAUGUGCGAAACAAAGAAGGAUAUAUGGCGAAUAAAAACAAAAAUCGAUUGAGCGACACGAUGUGAUAUUGAUGAAAUCAAAACUGAAAA